AUAAAGGGGAGGAAAGGAUGCGUACGAAUCCGUCAGCCGCCGUCCUGCAGUUUAAGCAGUGUGCUUGACUGUAAAGAUGAGGAUUUCUCUCAGCAGAACUUUGUUUUAGCACUCAGACUCAGAAUGGACGUUUUCUUUUUUCCUGAAUGAACUCCGUCAUACAGUUCAGUACAUGAAAUACUUUAGUUAUAAUGAUGAAAAGGCGGAAAGGGGGAUGACGUGUUUCGGAGGGGGUGUUUCGGUGGUGUGAGGAUUGCGGGCUGUGGUUGGGUAUGUCAGUGCCACGUGUCUGCGCUUGCACCUCUCUUCUCCACACAGAGGAUGUUGGACUGAGACCCUAGUGCGCCUGGUCAAAGUGGGUUAUCACGUUACACUGGGAGGAUCACAUCUUGAGAGGGAAUGUUGAGCAACCUGCUAUAAGAUGACACCAGCUGAUUUGGCAAAAUAAAUCUGUGAAGGACUUCAUUCUUUAUUUCUUUUCCGAAGCCUGAAUGAGCAUGCUGCAUUUCCUCUGUUCCAUCAUUUGGUUGAACCGCGGGUUCAAGUUGAGAAAAGUGGCCUGCUCGGCCAACACCGGUCAGGUCUAAGCUGUUGCUACCGCGCAUGCCCGUUUAUGAGCUCCGGUCAGAAGUGCUUAGCUUUUAACCAAACGUCCCACGGUACAACAUCAUUUGCACCCUCGCAACGUUUCAUCCCCAGUCCGACUGUCAGUUCAUACUCUGAAAAUGGCUGCCGAUGGCUUCCAGUACAGAUCUCUGUACUCCUACUCUAAGGACUGGGAGGAUGACAUUGACCUUGAGCCUGGUGAUGUCCUGACGGUCGACAAAGCGUCUCUGCUGUCACUGGGCAUCAAAGAGGGAGAGGAGGAGCACCCAGAAUGCAUCGGCUGGAUCUUGGGCUUUAACGAGCGAACCAAACAGAGGGGAGACUUUCCAGGAACGUACGUGCAGUAUGUGGGACCUGUGAAAAUGUCAGUGCCGUCCUGCCAGCCUCGUUCUCAGAGACCGCUUCCUGCUGUUCCCAGACCUGAGCCAACAGCCUCCUCGCAGGGAAGCAGUAAAUUAUCGUAUGUUUGGAGGCCUGGCAGUUCACCAGGCCAAUCUGGAGAGUUAUAUGUAUCAGUUGCUCCAGUGCUGGACUUGACCAAACAGUUCACACACCCGGAAACUGCUCCUUCUAAUUUUAAUAAGUUGGUCGAAGCAAUUGAGCGGACAGGUCUGGACUCUAGGACACUUUACAGGACAUCCACUGCUUCAGCUUCUGACAGACAGAGCCUCGCUGAGCUGCAGGAGUUGGACGUGGGACAGUGGGACAUUCAUGCCCUCUCGGAGGCUCUCAUUCGGUACCUGCAGGAACUUCCUGCCCCCAUCAUCCCUCCCUCUGUUUAUACAGACCUUCAGGCAGCAGUGAAGCUGGAAUCGGACGUCCCGUCCGAGAGGAGACGAGAGCAGCUGCUGCAGGUGCUGGAGAAGCCUGAAGUUCCACUGCAGAACCUCCUGACGCUGCAUUAUUUGCUCAGACACCUGGAGAAGGUCUGUCAACGCGCCGAGCAGAACGGCCUCGACAUUCACACCCUCGGCCAAAUCUUUGGCCCUCUGCUGAUCAGGGGCCCUGUGAGCGGGUCAGAGGAAGAUGAGGGGUUUCCUGCGGUUGCAGUUGAGAGACUUCUUUUGGAGAGAAUUUGGGAACAAGAGCCGACUCCUCCUGCUCUCCCUCCUAAACCAGCCAAAGCCAUGGCCUCAUCUGUGACCAAUGGAAACAACAGCUUACUGAGUGAAGCUGAAUGGUACUGGGGAGACAUUUCUAGAGAGGAGGUGAAUGAGAAGAUGAGAGACACUCCUGAUGGUACGUUCCUGGUGCGGGAUGCAUCAAGCAAAGUGCAGGGAGAGUAUACCUUGACCCUCAGGAAAGGAGGCAAUAACAAACUGAUCAAGGUUUUUCACCGCGGGGGGAAGUAUGGCUUCUCAGAGCCUCUUACUUUUCUCUCUGUGGUGGAGCUCAUCAACCACUACCGGCAUGAGUCACUGGCCCAGUACAACACCAAGCUGGACACUCGCCUGCUCCUCCCCGUGUCUAAAUAUCAGCAGGAUCAGGUAGUGAAAGAGGACAGUAUCGAGGCGGUAGGAGAGCAGCUGAAGGUUUAUCACGAGCAGUAUCAGGAGAAGAGUCGUGAAUAUGAUGUACUGUAUGAAGAAUACACACGCACAUCACAAGAGCUCCAAAUGAAACGAACUGCCAUAGAGGCCUUUAAUGAGACCAUCAAGAUCUUUGAGGAGCAGUGCGAGACCCAGGAGCGCUUCAGCAGAGAAAGCAUUGAGAAGUUUCGCAGAGAAGGCAACGACGAGAUUGAGAGAAUUCAGAGCAACUCUGAGAAGCUGAAAUCCAGAGUGACAGAGAUUCAUGACAGCAAGAGGAAGUUGGAACUGGACUUGAAGCGACAAGCUACAGACAAUCGAGAGAUAGACAAGAGGAUGAACAGCUUGAAACCAGACCUCAUACAGCUGAGGAAGCUACGGGACCAAUAUCUUGUAUGGUUGACUCAGAAAGGCACCAAACAAAGGAAGAUCAACGACUGGCUGGGUAUAAAGAACGAAUCAGAGGACUUCUAUUCUCUGUUGGAUGACGAUCAAGCACAUCACGACGAGUGCGCCUGGUACGUUGGGGACAUCAAGCGCACACAGGCGGAGGAUCUCCUGAGAGGCAAACGAGACGGCACCUUCCUCAUCAGAGAGAGCCAGACCCAGAAGGGCUCCUUCGCCUGCUCUGUAGUCGUGGAUGGAGAGAUCAAACAUUGUGUGGUUUACAAGACGGCCACCGGUUUUGGAUUUGCUGAGCCCUACAACCUUUACGGUUCCUUGAAAGACUUGGUCCUGCACUACAAACACACCUCUCUGGUCCAGCACAAUGACUCACUGAAUGUAACCCUGGCCUAUCCGGUCCUCACACAGCAGCCUAGAUGAGCACCGCCACAAGAGAUGGCCCAGGACACACAUAUAAAGCAUGAUUAAGCACAUUAUACGGAGCAAACUAUACUAACACCGAACUUUUAAGUUUAUCGUAGAAAACAGAUAAGCACAGUAUGUUAUCGUAAGUAAACAUACGGCCUUUUUUGUAAGCCCAUAGUUUUCCGUAUCAAUCAAAGUAAACUGCAGUAAUUACAGUGAGAUCACAGCUACUCUGUAUUUGUUGUCCCAACACAAGAGAGAGAAAAGCGUCACGUGAUUGGUGUUGUAGUCCUGGAUAUUUUCAUUGAGGACACGAGAUGAGGAAUUAACCGAAAGAUGCAGCUGUUGAUAAUCAAUCUUUUAGCUGUUAUGUCACUGUGUAUUUGUUUGGUAGCUCGCUUCUGCCAACCAUAUAGAUUCCUCUUUAUGUGAGUUGUCCUAUAGUAGAUGUGAAACAAACCUUUUUUUUUAUAUCAGACGUGGUCGAGGGACACUGAAGUCCUUUUAGUCCUCUUUAAAGCUAGUCGUCAUGGUCAGAAUAAAUAGCCAUCAACAA